AUGCCAAACGUGAAGGUUGACUCCUUGUCCCGCUACCCUACAGACUGCAGCAAGGCAAAACGAGCAAAUCCCCGGGGUCGAGAGAAGCGGGAGAGAAGCGGGAGAGAAGCGGGAGGAUUGGAUGAUGCGUUCGUAGAUUGCACAACUUCGCUUGCUGAGGUUGUCUGCCUGUGUGGUGAUCACGUGCACUGUUCCGUAAACACCGUCACUCGUUUGUCCUGUGUUAUCUUAGAUGUGCAGGCCGCUUGUCAGGACACCACUGUCACGCAGGAGCUUCUGAAAGAGGGGUUUCACAGGGACCUGCUGGUGAAGGUAGAACUCGGUGUAGUGGAGGCGGAUGCAGGAGGAUGUGCAGUGGCAGCUAGAACUCGUCUUCCACCAGGAAUCUACGUGGAUCCCUACGAGCUGGCAUCGCUGCAGCGGCACAAUUUGACAAAGGCGGUAUUAAUUCCUGAUGUCAUUGAUGUGGAGGCUCCCGAGUACUUAGCCACGGAUCUUCUUGUUCUCCUGUACCUGGAACCCGACCCUCGCUGUUCUCGCUGUUUUAGAGCUGCCUUGCCUGUGCACGGGCGGUACCACCGGCCGGCAGAAGACAGUGAGGAAGCGUUGGUUGUUCUGAAGAGCCCAGAAGUACUGGUCUGCUGCUGUGACAAUCGCCUGUCAGCAGAGUGUUGGAAGCCUGUUGAAGUGGAAGCUCCUUGUUUAGGCAAAGACGAUGUCCCUUGCCAGUGGUACAGCGUAACGCACAAACCUGCAUCUGAGGAAUUGAUUCUGCAGAUUCCAGUGGGGCUCAGGCAACAUAGUUCCUUAGUGUGUGUCGUGACUCUUCUUGUCACCGUGCUCUGUUCCAGCCUGAUUCUUGCAGCUGUAUGCAAAUACGGACACUUCUCCCCGGUGACCGGCUCGGAGUAA